AUGUCAGGGAAUUACGAUUAUCCUCGUGCUUCUUCCUCUUCGUCCCGCCGGAUAUCCCGUACCAGGCCUGACGACCGCCCUGAGGUCCUCCGUCUCCAGCAUCUCCGCAAUUUCGUAUCCGAACGAAAUCGCUCCGGGGCCCACCACGCCUACAACGCCACCCUGGCCUUGGAAACAUUAAAUAGAGAAGUCGCUGAGCAUUCUCUGGACCGAGUUCGCGAUCGUCCCAACUUUGAGCAGGCCCGGGCCGACAUUGAUCGCCAGAUCCAACAACUACAGGCCGAAACAGUUGGCCCCGCAGAGCGAAUUCGGAACAUUUGGCACGACCAGCUUCGCUCAGAACGGGCUCAAACUUCGCUCUCACCGGAAUCACAUUCUGCUCACCAUCGCUUGCCCUGGCAAAUUCUCAGACCACCGAGCCCGGACGGAUCUUUAUCCAGGUCAUCGUCCCUCAUGCCACCAUCCGGCCAGUCGGGCCGCGAUGGCCAAGGACGGAUGAAGCGUCGGAAGCUGGACACCGAUGAUAAUCGUGAGGAGUUUCGAGGUUUUAAUUACGGUCAAUAUGGACAAGUAGUGCCGGGAAUGCUACAAAUGGAAAUCGCCAGCUGCGACGGCGGAAGCUACGAUCCAGAUAGCGGGUGUUCGCGUCCCGAGAAUGUUUUAGACGACAACACAAGUGUAUACUCUACUAAAGAGGCCCGCUGCAACCUAGUCCUCUGUCAUCGGGGCGAGGCCCCGUUCUGCUUGAAGAAGAUCGUGAUCCGAGCCCCUCAGUGCGGGUUCGAUGCUCCAAUACAAGAAGGCAUGGUCUUUGUCGCCAUGACCUCUGAUGAACUGCUUGCCCGCACCGCCCAAUACCAAAUUCAAUACUCCAGCGGCCGAUACCGCCGACGAGGCCGCCGCAGUGGCAUGCAACCGUCCCAGGAAUAUCUCACUGGGUUCCGACCACCACUUCAAAACCUCGAACGCACAGUCCUCAUGAGCCCACAUUCGGCCGCGGUCCCGCGUGCCGCCGAAGACCCGCAAGCGCAGUUCCGCAUCACCACCGAGUACGACGAAAAUAACGAAGAUUCGGGAGAGGACGAAGACUGGCGCUCUGCAUUACUCGAAAGAAGGCUGGCCGAACAGACAGAAGAACCUUUGUCGGAUACCGACGAGAGUCCAAGCGAUGAAGAGGAGUCUUCCAGCAGACAUCAGCGUCGGCCACGAGUUGAAUAUGAACGGUUGGAUGCUCUCGGCCGCAUCAGCGAGCAGAGACUACGCCGUGGCCCAAGCCUCGUGCAUCCAAACCCCCCAGCCGAACCUGCUCAGCCAGCUGCCGAAGUUCUGAAACCGCAUGCGCGCUUCUUUAUCGAGCGAGAAAAGAGCAUGGUUACCAUCAAAUUUGAUCCGCCUCCAUCCGGUCGGUUCAUUCUCAUUAAGCUGUGGAGCCCACGGGCCCAUGGGAAUAUUGAUAUCGAAAGCAUCAUCGCACAUGGGUAUGCAGGUCCGCGGUUCUUCCCAAGUAUCGCUGCUCGCUAG